CACAGCUCCCCGUUCGCGCUGCAUGCGCCUGGGCGUCUCAUCCUUAACCUCGCGACCCUCAAUCCAGCGCCUCCCCUCCGCAUCACUGGCCCGUCGAGCUCUUGCCACCGCUGUCGCCGAGCCCACGGCUUCCACGACCUCGAAGCCCCGCCCGCGCACCAAUUUCGCCGACAAGCUCAAUGCAGGCCCGUCGUUUGGGGACUUUGUCGGCGGCGGCAAACCUGAGACUCCGCUGAAUUCCGAGGAGAUGCUCGAGCUGCGGACAGCCAUGGUCGGGCCCGAGGGCAAGAAGAAGCAGAUUACGCGGCUGCCGUCGUGGCUCAAGACGCCGGUGCCCAUGGGCGACAACUUCAAGAAGAUCAAGAACGACCUGCGCGGCCUGAACCUGCACACCGUAUGCGAGGAGGCGCGUUGCCCCAACAUCAGCGACUGCUGGGGCGGCUCCUCCAAGUCUGCCGCUACCGCCACCAUCAUGCUUAUGGGCGACACAUGCACGCGCGGCUGUCGCUUCUGCAGCGUCAAGACGUCGCGCGCCCCGCCGCCACUGGAUCCCCACGAGCCCGAGAACACGGCCGAGGCCCUGCGCCGCUGGGGCCUGGGCUAUGUCGUCUUGACGUCGGUCGACCGUGACGACCUUGUCGACGGCGGCGCGAGGCACUUCGCCGAGACGAUUAUCAAGAUCAAGCAGAAGGCGCCGACGAUGCUGGUCGAGGCGCUGACGGGCGACUACGCGGGAGACCUGGAGAUGGUGGGCGUGGUGGCGCGCAGCGGACUGGACGUGUACGCGCACAACGUCGAGACGGUUGAGGCGCUCACGCCGUUUGUGCGCGACCGUCGCGCCAAGUUCAGGCAGUCGCUGGCUGUGCUCGACGCGGCCAAGAAGGCGAAGCCCAGCUUGAUCACCAAAACCAGCAUCAUGCUCGGCCUGGGCGAGACGGAGGAGCAGCUCUGGGACACUCUCAAGGAACUCCGCAAAGUCAACGUCGACGUUGUCACCUUCGGCCAGUACAUGCGCCCCACGAAGCGCCACAUGAAGGUUGAAGAAUACGUCACGCCCGCCACGUUCGAGGCAUGGCGGCAGCGGGCCCUGGACCUGGGCUUCCUGUACUGCGCGUCAGGCCCGCUGGUGCGCUCGUCGUACAAGGCCGGCGAGGCCUUCAUCGAGAACGUGCUCAAGAAGCGCAUGGCGCAGAACAGCGACAAGGAGGUCCCAGUCACGCAGGUCACGGCGGCCGAGGAGGUCGCGAAGCUGCGGUCUGAGAGCUAAAAUUGACAAGAAGCUGUCGGGACUGGAGCGGGGUGUUGUGGGAUGUUUGAGAGGAUAAGGACGGUGUUAUUAUUUCUAUUUUUCCCCUUCCUAAGUAAGCAGGGCGCUGGCUUGAGAGGGUUUAACAGUUAAUCGCAUGGUUUGGCGUUUGGCGGUGGCUUUAACAACGGCGGAUUUUGGAAAACUACUCCACCAUGGUGGUGCAGCAAUGUUUCCGCGGAAGGAUCCAGGUACUGUACAGCUCAGCUUAGCCCAAGUAUCUUUCAACAGAGUCUCAGGCUUUGGCUUCAAUUUACUCUUGACAAGCUUGCUACAGC